AUGAACUCAUCAUUGUACCAUGGCCCGACCAGGACUCCUCACCUCAGAAACCACAGCAUUACGGGAUUUACCAGCACCAACAGCUCGCGCAGUACUGGCUCCUCCUCGGGUUGCUAUGAGCAACUGUGGAUCUCGACGGAGGUCUUCCUGACGUUGGGGAUCAUCAGCCUCUUGGCAAACAUUUUGGUCAUUGCAGCUAUCAUCAAAAACAAGAACUUGCACUCUCCGAUGUAUUUUUUCAUCUGCAGCUUAGCAGUAGCCGACAUGCUGGUCAGUGUGUCCAAUGCCUGGGAGACAAUCUUCAUCGCCAUGUUGAAAAGCAGGCACUUAAUGGCUCGAGACAGCUUGAUCAAGAGUGUGGACAAUGUGCUGGACUCCAUAAUCUGUACCUCUCUUCUUGCCUCCAUUUGGAGCUUGCUGGCCAUCGCUCUUGACAGGUACAUCACCAUCUUCUACGCUCUGCGCUAUCACAACAUCGUGACAGUGAGAAGGGCCCUGAUGGUUAUUGCUGGCAUCUGGACAGCUUGCACCGUCUGUGGGAUCCUGUUCAUUGUUUAUUCGGAGAGCACCACAGUCGUCAUCUGCCUCAUCACCAUGUUCUUCACCAUGCUCGCCCUCAUGGCUUCGCUCUAUGUUCACAUGUUCAUGCUGGCCCGCUUGCAUGUCAAACGUAUCGCCGCCCUGCCUGGCAAUGGUACCAUUCACCAAGCGGCCAACACGAAAGGGGCUGGCACGCUGACCAUCCUCCUGGGUGUCUUUGUCGCCUGCUGGGCUCCCUUCUUCCUGCACCUCACUCUCAUUAUCUCCUGCCCACGAAACCCAUACUGUCUCUGCUUCAUGUCGCAUUUCAACAUGUAUUUAAUCCUCAUCAUGUGCAACUCGGUCAUCGACCCCCUCAUCUACGCUUUCCGCAGCCAGGAGAUGCGGAAGACAUUCCAAGAAAUAAUCUGCUGUUGCGGUCUGCGGGGUCUCUGUGACCCGACGAAUAAAUAUUAA